AUGUCCUACACCAUUAUCAUACCAGCCUCCAAGGUGGGCAUCAGGGGAUCGGCCGUACCUACGAUCGGAUCCGGGACCAUUUUCACUGGAGAGGAUUGUACCGAAGUGUGCAAAGAUAUGUCGACUGGAAAAGGGCGACCCCGGAUCCAGGGCGAGUCGCCGGGUAAUCUUCAAGCGACUUAUCCAUUCCAGAUCAUCGCCAUGGACCACAUCCCCUCAUUGCCCAGGUCCUAUAAAGGUAAUACUGAGCUGUUGAUCUCCGAAGAUCUCUUCUCCGGAUAUGUGAUUGCCAAGGCGAGCGGAUCCAGCAUGGCCCAGACCGUGGCAGAAUCCUACGAGGAAUGUGUGUUCCGCCGCUUUGGUGCCAGCGAAGUGAUCCGCCAUGAUCGUGAACCCGGAUUUAUGUCCGAGUUCUUUCACGCGUUCAUCCUGGAUCAGCGUCAACGUGCAACGAUGGCGUAUAGACCCCAGGCGAACGGAUCCGCAGAAAGGAUGGUACAGACUACCACAAGGGCACUUAAGAUGUAUGUCCAAGAUCUGGAUCAGCGAGAUUGGGACGAGUAUGCGGAGCGACUUACCUUCGCGAUCAACACCGCUCGGGAUCGGAUCCGCGGAGAAACGCCGUUCUAUAUGGUUCACGGUUGGGAUCCGAGAUCCACACUGGAGGCGGUGAUCCCGAUGGGAAGUACAAGAAGACAGGAUCGGGAUCCAUGUCGAUAUAGGAUCCAGAGGCAAUACCAACAGGCUCGGGAGCAGGUGAAUCAGCGCUUACGGGAGGCGAUCUCAGAUCGGGCGGAUCAGCACAAUGACAUAGUGCACCCACAUCAGGUGGAGGUCGGAUCUCGAGUGUGGCUAUACUUGGAUCGGGUGCGAGAGGGAUAUGCUAAGAAGCUUGCGCAUCUGUGGCAUGGCCCCUUCCGCGUGGCCGAGAAGAUCGGCGAGUAUGCAGUGAAACUUGAGAUCGCCGGAUCCGCAUAUCAUAUCUUCCCCAUAGUACAUGUGGCGAAGAUCAAACCUGUCAGAGAAUUUCCGGAUCGGCCGGUACUGGAUCCAAGAUCACGAUCCGAACGAGUAUGGGGUCGAAAGGAUCUCGGAUAUGAGGACGGGCAGGAAAACAAGAUAUGGCGGAUCCUGCGUGAAUUCUUAGAACACUGGCGGGGGUACGGAUAUCCGACCUGGAUCGAUGAGGCAGAUCUCAACUGUGGAGCAACAUUCCACGAGUUCUUGCGGGAUCGCGCCAAUCAGAACCGGUUGGGCGUGAUGCAAUCUCACGAAGAGGCCUGA